AUGACUCGAAUUGGCUGGUAUGGCCUCGGCUCCAUGGGCCUCGCCAUGGCCACCAACCUCCAAAAGCAUCUCGUUAGCAAAACAGCCCCAAGUCUCAUUUAUUCCAACCGAACCAUGACCCGCGGCGAUGCCCUCAAGGCGCUCGGUGGCACGCCCGAAAUCAGCUUCUCGAAGCUCGUUGCGCAAUGCGGAAUUGUGUUCACCAUGGUCUCCAAUGACUCAGUCCUCCAACAACUUGUCUCCUCGGCUAUCGAGUCCGGGCACUCCCUUAAGGACAAGAUCUUCGUUGACUGUUCAACGGUCCACCCCGAGACGGUGAGCGCGACUGUCGCAAAGUUGAAGGAGAAGGAGGCUGCUUUCCUGGCUGCUCCUGUCUUUGGCGGGAACCCGAUCGCCGUGGAUGGGAAGUUGGUGUUUGCUAUUGGUGGGCCUAUGAAGGCGGCAGAAGUGGUGAAGCCGUUGAUUCAGGAUGUGAUGGGGAGGAAGGUGAUUGAUUGUGGUGAGGAUGCUACUCGAUCUUCACUUUUGAAGAUUGCAGGGAAUAUUGUGACCGUGAACAUGAUGGAAGCUGUGGGUGAAGCGCAGGUAUUUGCUGAACGGACGGGAUUGGGGACUGGGCCGAUGGAAGAACUCAUCGGGGAGGCCUUUGGGCCCGUGGCUGGGGGGUAUUCGAAGCGAUUGACCACUGGUGCCUAUGCACCGCCACUGGACUCUCGUCCCGGAUUCGGCGUUUCCCUGGCUAUCAAGGAUGCGAAGCAUGCAUUUGCUAUGGCCAAGGACCAUGACGUUGAAUUGCCGGGUCUGCAGGUUUCCCUCGACAACAUGGAGGCUGCCAGGAAGUAUGCCGGCGGAUGCUUGGACAGCAGUUCCAUGUACGGAGUGCUGCGCCAGAAAGCCGGCCUCCAGUUUUGGAAUGAAAAGUCUCGACAGGGAAGUUCCUGA